AUGCCCUCUAUUCCGAACUUUUAUUGGCAUAAACAAAAAGGUUCGAAUUCGUUUGGUGGUGUAGCAAUAUUAGUACAUAGUUCUAUUAAAUCAAGAGUUAUACACGCAGUCGAAAAUUUUCUUGUAGUUGACUUUAAUGUUGCGAUGUCUUCUAUCUUGAUCGGAGCAGUAUAUGUACCCCCUAAAAGUAGGCCUCCGAUUGAUGAGUUUGAGAAAUUUCUUGAUAAGAAACUUUAUAUUUUUGGUGAUCUAAAUGCUAAACAUUCUCAAUGGGGAUGUACCAAUAAUAACAGUAGUGGAAUUUUAUUAAAUGAAUGGAUGGAAAAAAAUGGUUGUGUGAGCAUUUUUCCUGCUGCACCAACUUCCAGAAGGUCAGAUGCUAUUAUUGAUUUUGCAAUUUCACAAGAUAAAAUAGGUUGGACAUGUGAAGUUAUUGACGAAGGAACAUCAGAUCAUUUUCCUGUAAUAUUUUCUGCACCAUUUAUUUUAUCUGAAAAAGGUUUUUUCCGAAAGACAAACUGGAAAAUUUUUUCUUUUAUUCUUUCAAGUUUAUUUACUUAUUGGAAUGCGUCGUUAUGGUAUCCUGCUCUUAUUUCAAAUCUUCUCGAGUUAGAUAUGCCAUUGCCUCUUGUCCGCUGGAUAUACCAGUGGUUACAAGGAAGAACAAUGGCAAUUCAUCAUGGAGAAUCAAGAUCUAAAACGAUUCAGAUGUUUUCAGGUGCUCCACAAGGUUCUGUUUUAUCAGCAACACUCUUUCGUUUACACAUCCAUUUUUUACCAAAAACACUUGCACGUUUUUGCUCUCACUUAUUUGCUGAUGAUCUUGCAUUAAUAAUUAAAGGAUCAAUAGAAACAACAUUUACACAAAAUAUUGAAGAUCUCGAACAACAAGCUGAUAUAGCUAUGAAAUUAUUAGAGAAUUUUUCGAAGAAUUUAAUACUUCCAGUAAAUAUAAAGAAAACAAAAAUGAUGCUUAUUCAUAGUAUUGUAUCACCAAGCUAUCCAAAAGUUCUUUUUAAAAAUGAAACAAUUGAAACAGUUUCUUCAUUUAAAUAUUUAGGUGUAGAAAUACGUACAAAAAUGGGAUGGGGCUCUUUUAUUAAAACAAGAUUAGAUAAAAUUAGAAAUAUAUACAGUGCUUUAAGGAAAAUGUUCAGAGUAAUUCCUUUAGAUCAAUAUAAUAUUAGAAGAAAACUUUUUUGUGCAUUCGCCUUACCCCACUUUUUAUGGCUAUUUGUUACAUGGUUCUAUUUUACAGAAAAUCAACGUCAAGAUAUUGAACAUAUAUGGUCAUUUUAUCUAUUUGAACGAAAUGUUCAAUGA